AUGGAAGCUUUCAAACGAGGACAAGAAGCUGGUGUCAAUGUUCUUGAUGGACCGUUACACACCAAGCUUUCUAACGUGAAUUCUAGUGUCUGCUCGGGAGAUAUGGCUGACUCUUCGCUCAUAUCUACUGUCAAUGUCUUGGACGCCUACGACUUGUCUGAUAGCUCACCGACGAUUCAGUCACCAAGUACCUCGACCCCGUUAAAGCUCUCAGAUGAUUCCAUUUAUGAUAAACAAAGGCUUCCAGAUAAUGUGAGCAUCGGUGAUGCUCAUACAGAUAAGGAGAAGCAUAAAAAUGAUAGUCGUCAAGAACACUCACCAGUUGAAGAUCAUCAAAACUUUUCUUCCGAGUUGCAAAAUAUUAAUCAAUGGUUCCAAUGUCUUUCCAUGUCUGACCGCGAACAAGUUCUUAAACAGCUCUUACAAAGCUAUCCCGCUAAAGACGCCGCUAGGUUAUUUUCUCAUUCCCUUUCUUCAUCUCCGUCUCGUAAGUCGUUGUCGAACAAUUUGUCGGUUGGUUCGUCUUCAUCUUCUCCUUCUUCCGUUGAUGUGGAGGCUCCUUUAUUGUCGGAUUCUCUUUCCUCAUUAACAGCAACUUCAAAAACCCCAAUGAAGCAACCUUCGGCAUCUUUGAACCAUAUCCAAACCAACUCUUUUUCUAACAAACAACAUGCUUUAUCCACCGCUCUUUCAUCCGCAUCUCCUCUAGCUGUUAGAAAUCCACCAGCUUCUUCUAAUUACUUCGCGCAGGAUCGCGAUCUGUUAACAAAAAACCGUCUUUCAAAAGCAAUUGCAUAUUCUUCCAUUAAUCCUUCUGCUUCUCCUAUUUCGACAAGUCCUAAAAGCAAUCAUAAUGCCAUUGCUAACAAUGGAACUCCUAAAUCAUAUUCUUUAACCAAUAACGCUUUUCAUAAGCAAGCCAAUUCUGAAUUGUUUUCAAGUGCAUCAAAAAAGACACCUUUCGCACCUAAUGGAACUCCUUCAAAACCUUCGUCAUCCUUCUUUGAAACUCCAAACGCCAAUAUUUGGGAUUCUCAUGAUCGAUCUGCUUUCUCGGCUCCCCCUGCUCCUUUUUUUCCAUUCGGCGUUUCACCACAUCUAAAUGAAGAAUUAUCUCCUCGUGGACGUUGGCAGAAUUUCACGUAUUCUCCGCCUCCUCCUCCCCCUCCUCCAGAUCUUCUUACUGCGAAUUCAAAUCAACGUUCCAUCCCCGAAAAAUCCCAUCUUUUGUACCGUUCCAACCAGAUAGGACCACGUUCUCGAUUGGAAACACGUCCGUCUGGUGCUGAUGGAAAACCUUUGCUUUCCUCUUCCUUACGUUUUUCUCACGUUCCUGGUGCUUCUGAAACAUCUUCUCGCAGUAGCACUCGACUGGAGAAUCCUAACGCGCAACCAAGUACCCCCUUAAGUAAACAAACCUAUGUCAAUGAUCUUCCCCAUACGAUAACACCUGUCCCUUUCACUUCAUUGUCAUAUAAUCCGGGUGCUGAAAGUGAGCGUUCGUAUAGGAAAAAUGGGUUUUGGCUGAAUAAUUGGAACUCUCCUGCUUUUAUGCAUUCUCCACUUCUCCAAGAUGCUAAUAACCCUUACGCACAGUUAACGCCGUCUGCAAAUUCUACAUAUUCUGCUAAUUUGAAUAAUUCAAACUUUUCAACGCCUGUGGGGAUGCAUAUGUGUCAUAUGCCUUACGCAUACUCUUCUUAUAAUGAUCCUGAAGCUGGUGAUGCUGUGCAUGGAGCAUCACAAAACUAUACCAGUUAUGUUAAAACGCCAAAAACUUCCCUCAAAACCAGGAAAUCUAUGUCUAAUUUAAAGAGUACCGAAAAACAAUAUACUAAUGAACUUCCACAGGAUAUUCCGAGCUGGCUCAGAAGUCUCCGUUUACAUAAAUACACUAAUAAUUUGAAAGACACCGAUUGGAAUGGUUUGGUAUCUUUAACAGACGAAAACCUACAAAGCAGAGGAAUUCAUGCUUUAGGUGCAAGGAGAAAGCUAUUGAAAAGCUUUCAAGACGUUGCUCCGUUAGUUGGCGCAAAACCGGCAUUAGAAAAUUCCGAUAUUGAAGGUGUUGACAAUCAGAAAAAUGAUAGUUUCAACUCGGUAAAUCAGGACGAAGAAGAUAAACGAUUUGGUGAUCAUGAUUCUCGAUCCUCUGAGUGUGCUAACGAUAGCUGA